GGGAAAGUUUGGCCCGUGCGUGGGGCUCGGGUGGAGGGCGGGACAGAGGGGUUGGGCCCAAGAGAACCUUCUGUUGCGGCUGCUGCGGAGGCCGAGGCUGGGACGUGGACCCGGACGAAGAGUGCUGGACGCGGAGGACCAGGAGGCGAGAUACGUUGCAGCUGUGAACCCUGGUCGCUUUGCCGUGCUGUGACCUCGCACCCAGGCGCUGUCCGACCGGCGGCUGUUCCCUAGGCAGUUGGUGGGGGCGCGGCGGCGGCGGUUGGGGGUGGGGAGCCGCGCGGCGAGGAGACGAGAGAGGUCAGCGAGUUUGAGGGAGGACCGAGAGCCGCUGCCGCCGUCAUGACUGAGGACUCGAGCGCCCUGCCCUGGUCCAUCAACAGGGACGAUUAUGAGCUGCAGGAGGUGAUCGGGAGUGGAGCAACUGCUGUGGUCCAAGCAGCUUAUUGUACCCCUAAAAAGGAGAAAGUGGCAAUCAAACGGAUAAAUCUUGAAAAAUGUCAAACUAGCAUGGAUGAACUGCUGAAAGAAAUUCAAGCUAUGAGUCAGUGCCAUCAUCCUAAUAUUGUGUCUUACUACACAUCUUUUGUGGUAAAAGAUGAGCUGUGGCUAGUCAUGAAGCUGCUAAGUGGAGGUUCUGUUUUGGAUAUUAUUAAGCACAUUGUGGCAAAGGGGGAACACAAAAGUGGAGUCCUGGAUGAACCUACCAUUGCUACGAUCCUUCGAGAAGUAUUAGAAGGGUUGGAAUACCUGCAUAAAAAUGGGCAGAUUCACAGAGAUGUGAAAGCUGGAAAUAUUCUUCUUGGAGAAGAUGGCUCAGUACAGAUUGCAGACUUUGGGGUUAGUGCUUUUCUAGCAACAGGUGGUGAUAUUACCCGAAAUAAAGUAAGGAAGACCUUUGUUGGCACCCCUUGCUGGAUGGCACCUGAAGUUAUGGAACAGGUCCGAGGUUAUGAUUUCAAAGCUGAUAUCUGGAGUUUUGGAAUCACAGCAAUUGAACUGGCUACAGGGGCAGCUCCUUAUCAUAAGUAUCCACCAAUGAAGGUUUUAAUGCUAACACUGCAGAAUGAUCCUCCUUCUUUGGAAACUGGUGUUCAAGAUAAAGAAAUGCUGAAAAAAUAUGGCAAAUCAUUUAGAAAAAUGAUUUCAUUGUGCCUUCAAAAGGAUCCAGAAAAAAGACCAACAGCAGCAGAACUAUUAAGGCACAAAUUUUUCCAGAAAGCUAAGAAUAAAGAAUUUCUUCAAGAGAAAAUAUUGCAGAGAGCACCUACCAUUUCUGAAAGAGCUAAAAAGGUUCGGAGAGUACCAGGUUCCAGUGGCCGUCUUCACAAAACAGAGGAUGGAGGCUGGGAAUGGAGUGAUGAUGAAUUUGAUGAAGAAAGCGAAGAAGGAAAAGCGGCAAUUUCACAACUCAGGUCUCCUCGAGUGAAAGAAUCAUUAACAAAUUCUGAGCUCUUUUCAACAACUGAUCCCAUGGGUACUUUGCUCCAAGUUCCAGAACAGAUUUCUGCUCAUCUACCUCAGCCAGCUGGACAGAUGUCUACCCAGCCAACUCAAGUCUCUCUCCCACCACCUGCAGAGCCAGCAAAAACAGCUCAGGCUUUGUCUUCAGGAGCAGGUUCACAAGAAACCAAGGUCCCAAUCAGUCUAGUACUAAGAUUAAGGAAUUCCAAAAAAGAACUAAAUGAUAUUCGAUUUGAAUUUACUCCUGGGAGAGAUACAGCAGAGGGUGUCUCUCAGGAACUCAUUUCUGCUGGCCUGGUCGACGGAAGGGAUUUAGUAAUAGUGGCAGCUAAUUUGCAGAAAAUUGUGGAAGAACCUCAGUCAAAUCGAUCUGUCACUUUCAAGCUGGCAUCUGGUGUUGAAGGCUCGGAUAUUCCUGAUGAUGGCAAACUAAUAGGAUUUGCCCAGCUCAGCAUCAGCUAAAACACAGCCCCAGAAGAGGCGGCCUAAGGAGAUUCCACACAUGCGUAUCUCUGUUGCUUCUGUUGGCCUAAACCCACUACUGCCAAAGAACCCAGCAACGAACCUCCCGGCUAGGAGCUUUAGAAUUCUUUCUUUAUGUUCUUCUUGCCAUCAUUCCCCUUUUUCCCACAGGGAAAGUAAAGUUGGAUCACCAGUGGCCAGCAUCCCCUCAAAGAGUUCCGUUAGUAAAUGUGCUGCACAUGUCCCCUUUCUUCCGCCAUCUGAGAAGUGGCCCGUGUGCCUCAAGGCUCAGGAGGGAGAUCGCUCAGCUCAUUCUUGCCUUACUCCAGUAAUGGCCCAGGUGGAAAGUAGCAGCUACAUUGGGCAACCUCGUCCUGCCUGUUCUCCCACACCUGCCCAGAGGUGGGCAUCUUGGGAUAUCUCUACCACUGAAGUAGCAAUUAAAAGUUGAUUAGCUGGAGCCCAGAGAAUUUAAUUAGUGUUUUUUUCUUUGUAUCUGAUGUGAAUUCUAGCAACCUUUGUUAGGAAAAAGCACAGCCUCAGAGGAGGCAGCCUAAACUGUGUUCUUGUUUUGUUCAUGGUGUCUCUAAGUGUUUUGCUAAAGCUGCUCUCAGGCACCCCCUUCAUUGCUCCCUCCAGAAAGGGUUGCUAGCCUUAACUUCAGCUGGUGCAAAACAUUUGACUGUAGUCAAACUUCAGCCAUCAGAUCCUUCAAAGUGGAACUUUGGACUGUUUUUGCAGAAAACAUCAAGUAAUAGCUUGUAAAAGUAAAUUUUGCCAGAGGUGGUU